UCAUUUCUUUUCGAUUAGAAUGUAAUCGAAAUCGUGCGAUAAUGGCACGAUAACGAUUAACAGAUUAUCAUAAAAGUGGUAAGUUACACGCGGAGCACAUCAGUUGAUCGUAAGGUCGUACAAAGUAUGUUGUGAACUUAGUAACGAACAAGCGGUUGAGUUGCCGGCUGUCGCCGUCACAUGCAGCCAGUUAUCCCGUCGACGUUUGGCGGUGCGUCGUUUAUACGUAAGACGUGUCGUUCAAACCGCUGUUUCAUCUCUGUUUUUCCUCUAUCACCUUCUUAUUCUACUCAUAAUCAGCUGGAAUCGAGCAACAGAAAUUUGGUUAUCGACAUGACAUGCAUCGGUACGCGUUGGCAGUGGCGUAGUUGCGGUCGAAACAGAACGGAGCAAAGCCGUGUAGGCGCAUCGUUAUGAAAGGGACCAGUCGUCCAUGAACACAAACGGAACGUACUAUCUUGACGUUACACAUGUUGCAUUGAAAGGAUCGGUGAACUCUGGUUGCUGAACGUGCAUAUAGUUAAACAACGUCAUCGAAAGUUAUUAAUUGUUGGAAAGCGUUGUGCGCGGAGUAAAAUAAGGUAAGAGGCAACAGAAAAAUUUACUCUGCUAACCAAUACGAAAUAGAUCCGGGGAAUAAAAGGUGGACGCAUCGUUCGAGGGUCGUGUUUGCUCGUCGUUGUGUCGUCAAAACCACAUAUGGGUGCGCGUAAGGAACGAGGAAAUUCAAUGUAUCGGUGAAAAUUGGGGAGGAUCGCUGGUAGUACGUAGUGACAAAGAGGGUGCUUUGGUGUCAAUAACUGUGAAUAGCAGGGCGAUCCUCCUAUCUCUCCUAUCGUUGUUCCGGUGGAAGGUGGAAGAAAAAGAGAAAGAGAGAGGGAGAGAGAGGAGUACGUUCGGUUGGUAUACCUCCGUUGGCACAGCGUGCCGGCGUUUUGGAGUGCUCGUAGACGUGGACGCGGCUACGUAGCUAUCCUAUACCUACCCUAUAAACCGCGCGGGGGAACCUAGUACGUGAAUGUGUUGGAAGCGGUGGCCACGUCUUCGUCGUCGUCGUCGUCGUUGUGAUCGCCGUGAAAACGGUGUUACACCGUGGGAAUUGCCGAAAACACAUCAUCGAUGGCCCGCGCGAUUUUUCCGCACACUCGGUAUCCGUGAUCGCGGCACGGCGAGAACCUCGUCAAGGAUGCCGCGGAUACCGUUUAUUAGAUAUCCACGAAGGAUGGCGGGCUUUGAGAUCGUCGCUCGGAUCGAUAGGUACGAAAGGAUCGAAUAAUCACGGAGGAAACAAGAGAAAGAGACAGACAGAUAGAGAGAGAGAGGGAGAGAGAGAGAGAAAAAAGACAAAGCGGUGAGGUGAGUCAGGAGACCUUCCCCUAUCCGGAGGUUAGGCCUCCGAGUAUCAAGGAUCCUUAUUCGAAGAUGAACUCCAUGAUAUAUACCUUGUACGGCUUCGCUAUAUUUUUCAUGAUAUUCUGGUCGGUAAUGUGGAUCGUUCAUGUACUGGCACUGAUAGCCGGUCACUGGAAGCUGCACCGUAAAGUCACUCAAGUACCAACCUACGAAACGCCCUUACCCGGUGUGUCGAUCAUAAAGCCCCUGAUGGGCGUUGAUCCGAAUCUGUUCAGCAAUUUAGAGACAUUCUUUACGAUGCAAUAUCCCCGUUACGAGUUACUGUUUUGCGUGGAAGACGACUCGGAUCCGGUGUUGAUGUUAGUACGUAAACUGAUCGAAAAGUAUCCAGAAGUGGAUGCGAGACUUUUCAUCGGCGGUUGCAACGUGGGCGUGAAUCCAAAGAUCAACAAUAUGCAACCAGCGUACGAGGCGGCUAAACACGAGUAUGUACUGAUUAGUGACAGUGGUAUCAAGAUGAAGGAGGACACGCUGUUGGACAUGGUUAAUUACAUGACCGACAAUGUUGCGUUAGUGCAUCAGAUGCCGUUUACCUGUGAUCGCGAAGGUUUCGCCGCGGCAUACGAGAAAAUCUUCUUCGGUACUGUACAGUCGCGUAUGUACCUAGCCGCUGAUUUACUUAGGAUCAAUUGUCACACAGGGAUGUCAGCGUUGCUGAGAAAAGCGCCUCUCGAUGAGGUCGGCGGUUUAAAGACGUUCGGUGUGUAUUUAGCCGAAGAUUUUUUCUACGCAAAGUCACUGACCGACCGUGGCUGGCGAAUUACUGUGUCCUCGCAGCCAGCGUUGCAGAAUAGCGGUCACUGCGAGCUGCAUUCGUUCCAGGCGAGAUUACGGAGGUGGGCGAAGCUCAGGGUGGCUAUGUUGCCUACCACGAUCGUUCUCGAACCGCUUAGCGAGUGUUUAGUGUUAGGUGCCUGUGCUUCCUGGGCGGCCAGCGUACUCUUCGAGUGGGACUCCCUUGUUUUCUAUUUGGUACACAUACUAUUGUGGUUCAUGUUCGACUGGACGCUAUUGAGCGUCGUCCAGAACGGUCCAUUGCCGUUCAACAAGUUAGAAUUCGUAUGCGGAUGGUUACUCAGCGAGAUCACAAGGCCUUAUCUUUUCCUUCAGGCGGUUCUAGAUCCUCUGAUACAGUGGCGGUCGCGUGUCUACAAACUCAGGUGGGGUGGAGUCGCGGAAGAGGUUAAGGCAAAAGUCAAAUAUUAAAUUGCACUAUGAAACCAGCGGUUUUACUUUUUCCUCCUUUCUUUUUUUCGUUUCUUUCCUUUACUUCUGUUUCUUUCUCUUUCUUUGAUACGUAUGCAGGGUAUUCCAGUUUUCUCCGACCAAAUCUUGUCAGGAUAUUCUAUGACCAUGGGUAAAUACAAAGAGAAUGAUACCAAUCUUACGAUUAUUAUGCUAUAAGACGAAAAUAGUUCAUUUUCACUAUAUUAUUUGAUCGAUGUAUGUACAUAAUUUUUUUUUCAAACUUACCUAGAUAUAAAAGUUUAAGGCGAUAUUAUCGGAGGCCUAAGCAUCGUUCUCUUUGUAUUUCUCUUUUGUUACAACUUUUUAAUAAAGCUUUGAACGAUUAUACGAUAAAAUCGGUAUACGUUUACACAAAGUCUUCUCCUUAUUUAUACCCAUAAAACAUCCUGAAAAUAUUUAGCCCGAAAAGACUGGUACAUCCGAUAUACACGUAGGGAUUAAUAUGCACACAUUGAGCUAGAAGCGUGGAUGUUUUGUAAUAUCCGAUAUAUUAUACUAUUACGCAUGUAGUUCUUAUUAUACUUGAAUUGCGUUAUACCGUGGAAAAAAUAUACGCCGUAUAUACACGAUAUUUACUAAAUAGGGGUGUCUACGCGUCGUGUGUACUUGUACACGUAUAUACGUAUGAUUCGCUUAUGUAAAACAUUAAUCGCGACACGCAUGUACGCACGUGUGCCAUCAUUUUUCAAUUAUUCAAAAUAUCAUCUCCGCCAGCUCAUUGGUAUGCUCAUUUCACGUACAAUGUUUACAGAAAAAAGAAGAAAAGUAUAAUGUAAAAAAAGAAACAUCUAUGAUAGGUUAUGUUCGAAAGAGGAAACACGUACUAAAUAAUCGAUAUAUAUGUAGCUUUUCUUUCUUUUUUUUCUUUUUUUGAAAUCCUCGUCCGGAACGAGGUCGCCUUAAGUCGUUAUUGUAGUAUAUUCGGUACGAAAUUAUUCAUACAUUUUAAGGAAACGAUUCCUGUAAAAAGCCAUGGUUGCGCUGGCUUCGCGAUCAAUUUAACAUCUUAUCGACGUAGUUGGUGAUUUAUUCUCGAAACAUCUUUCGCGCGUUGUAGUAACUAACUAAUUGGUAAGGUUAACGUUGUUUUGAUUUUUAAGUAAAUAUUUAUUUCUAACAUUAAAAAGUAUUUAACAAAGGAUUAUAUGAUUAAGCGAAGCAUAAGCACGUUCGAUUAUGGAAAAAGAAUCGUUUACAGAUUUGAUGAUAAUAAUAUUCGCUGUUAGUACUAUAGUGUUUUCUUUCGACGUCUCCGUGUCGCUAAACUGGGAAGAAGUAGAAUCAAAUAAAAAUAUACGUACGUAUUAGCAGAAACGAUUAAUUAACGCGUUAUAGACGGUGCAUAUGUACUAAUUGUACAUAACAGAGAAGCACAUUUUCAGGUAUCAAAGUGCUUAACCGUAUCUUACAUUCUUUCCCCUUCUUUUCUUUUAUUUUUCUUUUUAAGAUUAUAAUUUUUUUGUCGAACUAUUUGUUUUAUUACGCAAGAUAUUAAUUCUAACAAAAUUUCGAUAAAUCGCUAGAAUGGAACAAAUACGAUUAUGUAAAUAUUAAUUUAUUUGAUAUGUAUCUUUUUUUCGUUUCGUUCGUUUAAUACGCAACGCGUACACGUACAUACGUACAUUUUCAAUUAGAACUAAUUGUUAUUGUAAAAAUCGUUCCCGUGAAAGCAAGUAUCUUCGCGUCGAGUAAUCGAAACAAAUUGAUUGUGUUACGUAACGUUCAACAUACUGACGAUGUUACUUUCUAUCGAUGCAUAUUUCUUUCUUCAACGUCUAGUAAAGUUCGAAUUCAAUUUCAUCUGUCCGUGCUAUUAUCGAAACACGUUUAUAUUUCGAACGGAAGAUAUCGGACGCUUAAUUACGAUAUCUCCCCCCCCUCCAAAAAAAUAAGAAGAUCAACAAGUAUUAAUAAGUAUUAAGAAGAUUAUCAAGUAUUAAAAAUAAAUUCGGAUUUAUCUAAAUCUAAAUACUUGUCUGCUUCUCGCAAGGUGUCGAGAAAAAAGAAAUCGCACCAUGUCGCUUAAUUGUAUUUUUCUACGAAAGAACUAAUGUUUUCUACGCGGUACUUGUAUCGCUUAAUCGCUUAUUAAGACUAAUUAAGGGCAUCCGCACGAUGCAUCUUUCGUAAUUAAUUUUUCUUUGAAAGUUUCGUACAAAAUUUAGUCCCUUGAAAUUAAUUAAUCCUUAAUGCUCAAAAUUAUCGCCAACCACGAUAAUAAUUUAGAUUAUAGUUAGAUCGAUCGGACGUUAUUACAUAAAGAGAAAAACACUCGUGUAGUUUUUAGAUUAUCGAAUGGCAGGCAUCCCAAAAGUUGUGCCGCUUCUUCGCGCUAACUUUAAGCUUAAGCUAAUAAUAAUAUUUACGUUGGUCAUUAUUUUCAAAUACUGCAACUUCACCGAUUUCGAUGAUUUUUGAAUAUGCUGUACAAAUUAACAUUUUCAACAACUUUUUCCUACACAUAUAACCCACGCGCGACCUUAAUUGUCCGAGAUGUUCGCAAAAAUGUGAAUUCUGCCUAAAAUCGUACGCCCGUGAUAGCUUAUGUGUUAACAUUGGUAAAAUGUUGCUUAACUGAAUCUACAUAUGCUAUAAACAAACGAUAAGAAUUAGUUUUGGGCCAGGUGCUAUUUUAUUCGGCCACAAUGAGACAGUCGGCAACCAAUACCAGCGCAUACGUUGUCUCGGCUGCACAAUACAGGCAGAAUUCACUGUAGUUGUACCGGCAGCCUUGUGCGAAUAUCUCGGAAACUAAGGUCAGCCGAGAAUUAUACGUCUAGGAAAACGUCGUUCAAAAUAUUGAUUUCUACAACAUAUUUAAAAAUCAUCGAAAUCGAUGAGGUGGCAGUACUUGUAAAUAAUAACGAUAUUCCCUUACGUUUAUUCUUACUGGUAGAUCGGAUCUUGUUUCAUGGGGAAGUCGAAAUUUACCUUUGAUAUUCUCUUACGCUUAAACACGUUCUCCAUACACGUUACGAAUAUUGUCAGCGGCACGUUUAAGUAUAUUGCCUCUUUAAAACGAACACGGCAUGCGACGCCGAAAAUGAAUUGCGUUCAUAAUCGUUGCUUCUAAUUACUUCGGAUGCAUUUUGUAGAUUGACGACGACAGUAUCUUGUAAAGCACAGGAAAAAGGUUUCUAUAAAUAUAUCGCAUAAACAAGAUACGGACAUAUAAAAUUCGAUAAGAAACAACACGAUUUACGGGAUGACUUAACGCGACACUUUUAUUUAAUAGAUUCAAAAUACUUAAUAUCGAUUCUUAUCCCUGCCGGUCAUACGUUUCUCGUGCCUGUAAUCCUAACAACAAGUGAGAUGACGCUAGCCAUCCUCGCAUGUAGGUUACCUGGCGUCGUAGAACCAAACACUGGCUAACAAAACUUUCGUGUACGUUCUCAUAUGGCACGCGUUCGAUCGAUUUUGUUGAUUAGUUAAGAUCAGAAACGUUAAUAGGGUUUGUCGAAUCUAGUCUUGAGUGUAAUUUGCUGUGGAAGCUUCGACAAUUGUACAUGGUACAUAUUAUUCUUUCAAAUACGAGUGUUCCUUGCUUUUUCUACAUUCCAUAUUCAUCGUGUGUGUGUGUGUAUGCGUGUGUGUGUUUUUACGUAUGACGAUCGCCAUCCUUAUAACGUUUCGAAUGAAACUAUCGACUCUUUGUUCUCUGUCUUGCGAACCAAUUAGUACAAACUAAAUAUGUUUGUAACCAGUGUUAAUUACACUCUUCUAUUGUACCGCGCGUUUUAAUUACUCGUGCAACGCAAUCUAUAUCUAAAACUAUACCGCUUGAUUAGAAAACGCACGACAACAUCAUUACGCCAAGGUCCGCUGUUAUUAAGAUUUUCCUGUGUUCCGCGAGCACGUCACCGGUUAACAAUGAAAAAAAAUCUAUCGGGCAGGGUCAUCUAUACUCUGCGUUCAGCGAGUGGAGUCAGUAGAGGUAAACAGACGCACAUGACUAGGACAGAAACGUAUACGUAACUUUCAGUUACGACGAAAAAGAAUAUCGAUGUGUUAUUCCUUAUACAUUUAAGUAUCUGGUAUAGGAAAAUCUUUUUGUUUACAUACAAUUUUUGAAAUCGAAUUUUAUCCGGGUUUUCGGUGCGAGCACCAUCGUGCGUGUUUAUGCAUCCGAGAGGAGCAACGACGUAGGUAAAUUUGCUCCUAAUGUCAAAUACUAUUAAUUUAUUAUCGAAUAAGGAACGAAUACAGAGGCAAAGGGUCGAAAUGAUAUAAAAGUGUGUACAAAAAACGUUUUAGAAAACAAUUUUCUAAUUCCUAUUUAUGAUUCUCCGAUUUUCGAUGUUUUUAAUUUAUUUCAGUGAACGAGUUAUCUAAAAAGCUAAUUGCUGUCGUUAAUUUUUCAGAAUAUAAAUAUAGAAAAGAGAUAGAUCCGUGUUAUCUGGCUGUUAUCUGGUUCGAUGGGAAGCGCGGUUUUAGCAAGUUUUCUACACAACGAGCGGUGCUGCGGUGCUUAACGACAAAAGUGAAUUUAAGGCUUUUGAACCCUGACACUUUCAUCAGUGAAGUGGUCAAUUAAUUGUGAUAUUUAUAUCGUACCCGUUCCACUACACAACCAAUAACUGUUUAACCCUUGCCUCGUCAGGCUUCAACGAAAUAGUGUGCGUGCGUUUAAUUAAUAGCAAUUGUAACCGUACGAUUUUGAAUGGUUGGCAGCUAUUGUGAUUUUUCAAUCGUAAUAGUUUGUAAUUGAAGGUCAUUGAUCGUGUUUACAUUCGACUUUUAUUCAAGGUUUACAUCCUAAUUUUUUAAUUACUACAGGCCGUUAGUUUUCAGCAUUUUUCUCCUAAGUGAAAUAAUGACGAGUCUACGAAUGUUUCUAAAUCGAUAAUUAUAAUUUUUUAAUUUCUAUAACGAUAGAAUUUCAUUGUCCUAGCAAAUAAAUACAUUGUUAUAAAAUCUCUAAAUUAUUUACUUUAUUUUUGUAUUUCGGGUACUUUGAAUUCUAUUGAGUAUUUCGUAGAUUUGUUGAACUCGUUCCAGUAAUCGCUAUCAUAUAAUAUAAAACGUCAAUUCGAAAACAUUUGAUGGAAACAGUAACUGUUUUUAUUUAAACAAUGAAUUCUUCUUUCGUAACUUUUCUGUCGUCGAUAUUUCGUUUCUUUUCGUCUUCGUUCGAUAGUUCUUUUACUCGACGAUCUCGCGAAGGAAAAAAAGCGACAUUUUUUGCGAUUUUGCUGAAAUCGAUAACUCGUAUUAGAAUUGAACACUGUUUACGUGCGAAGAACGCUUCGAUUCGCGGAACUAGAGGUCAAUUGUGUCGGUUAGAUUUUUUUCCACGAAUUGCCACGAGUACACUCUUUUUUGUGCCGGUGCAACACGGAAUAUUGGCCGUCCCCUAUCUUAUCGUGAUUUAUCGAAAGUCAAAGAAUUAUUCCACCUUACUCAUCGAUGUUUCCAUCUAUUAAGAUUUGAAGUCUUCAAUAUCGCACGUAAUCAUCUUCGAUCUGUAAAAUUGACGUGUAGAAUGAGAAAAAGGCAGGAAAGACAAGGGAGGAACUAAAAACGUGACAAAGAAGUUAUCGUCCAGUUUGAAUGAACGAAGAAAACGGAACGACAUAGGAGGCAGUCUCGCGACAGGAAUCUUUCGAAACUUGUUUUGCUCAGAGAGGAACUGCUUUCAAAAUCUAUCGUAUGAUAAUUUUGAAUGCGAUUAAAAUUUAGCUGAAUCCAUGUCGAUAUAUUUUAUCAGAAAAGACGUAAGAAGUGACGUCGCUUUUCUUAACCAAAAGGUGCAGUAGCUUAACACGGAAGGGAUCUCCGUGUUAAUGAUUAGAUCGAAUUAUCAUUAAGGGUAUCCAGAGAGUUUUAAAUAUUUUUCAUAAUUUAACGAUGUCAAAAAGGUUUUAGGAAUUUGGUAAUUCAAAAUUAUUGCUUCUACCGACUCACGAUCAGUCUUGAUUUCAAAUAUGAUUUGCGGCUACAGCGCAUCACGUACAUCAUGUACAACGAUGUUUGUUUCAUAUUUUUUUUUUUUUUUUUAUCUUUCAAAUAGAAACCUCUUAAUACAUUUGAUCCUGAUAAAAUUUAUUUGGUAAGAGAUACAAACACAUUUAAAGAACACACCCUUGUUUACUUAUAGGAUAGUUCGAAAAGAAAAUUCUCCUAGCUUUACGUAAAGUAUUAUCGAAACAGUUACGUUACGUUAACUCAGCUUUCUGGUUUCUUACUUUUUCCAAGACACGUAAUCUAUAUUCCAAUGUGCUGAUAAGAUUAAAACGAUACGAUCAAUAAAAAUGAAACUGCUACUGUCUCUAUGUACAGGCAGCGCGAGACUGACUCGUGAGGCUGUCUCGGGACGAACCAACGACUGCUGGGUUCUUGGCGAGAUCAAAGGUGCCUCGCGGCUCCUUCAUUUGGAUACGUAUAUUGAUGAAAUGGAUUGAGACGACUUUGUCGAAAGCGUAACCGUUGCUCACUUUGCUUCGCGUAAUUAUUACGUCGCGUACUCUAUGUUACGACAAGAGGCAGCCUCACGGGUAUACCUCGCACUGACUGUACAUAACGUUAGACACAAAAUCGCUUGAAAUAGAGCGUCUUUUGCUGAACGUCGCUUUAUUUUAACGAUGCCAUUCGAAACAGGCGUUUCAAGAUUUUCGAGGAUUCCUUUCAUCCCAGAAGUUCGUCCAAUUCUUCUUAAUUGCCAAAUGACACCAUCCAUCAUUUUCAGCCAUUUAAGUCACUGACGUAAUCCUGUACUUCUAUUGAAACUUUAUUAUGAACUAUGACUUUAAGAUACAUACUCUGAGAUGGACUAUUGCUAAUCUCUACGUACGGUAAAAUGUUUCUAAUCGUUAAUUUUAUUUUCAAGUAACGAGUUACUUAGUAAUUGUUCCCAGCAAUGUAUAGUAUACUCUUCAGUAUGCCCUACCUACGCAAUGAGAUUUGCCCCGAAUCAUGUCUCCAAGUAUCGUUCGAGGCGAGCGUUCAUGAGACCUACUUAUAAGAGUAGUAUGGACAUCUUCUGAGCAACGAAAUAUCAUCUCUAUGCGAGAAACAGUUGCAAUUGUUUAAGUAUAGCAGUAGAUAUGUGUAUGGAAGAGCAAACAAUACCACGUAAAAGAAGAAAAGGAUCUUGAAGAAUUAGCUAAUUGUCAAUAUAAUAGUAUCGCUUUUUGGUCUCAGUUCAAUCAUGGCAAUCUCGCCAAUACUUUAAUGAAAUUUUUAUUAACGAAAAUAUAUAAAAUAAAAUAAUUUCGUCGUUACAUUAGCGUUCCAUCUCACUGAUACGAGGGCGAAACGCGUGGCUCUGUUGUGCGACACUCUCGAAUACUUAAGAUCAGGUCACAAGGACAAGGGUCAUACAAUGACGGUAAAGACUGAUGAUACAAAGCAGUCUCACCCUCACCGUAUCCCAUCGAAGACGAAAGACCAAAAGUGACCAUGAGGUUAGAUAAUAUCUCACUGACAAAUGAUUAAAGGCAGUAACUUUCCGUCCGUCUUUUUUAUGGCUUUAUAUCUACAUCAUGGAAUACAAGAAAUUUAAUCAUGUCCAACUUAUUUACGUUCAGUUAGUAUUACCAAAAUACCUUGGUCUACCGGACUUCAUCCCAUUACGAUCUCCUGGCAAACUAUAAACAAAUUGAUUUUUUAUCGUUAGCUUCCUACGUCAUCGAGUACAAGGUCGUAAUAGGGCUUAAAUUAAAGCUUAUGAUUCCCACUUUACGAAUGGAAAGAUCUGGCUGACUUCCGCUUGACUUCUGCCUGCCAUAAAUAUGCAGUAGACCAGUUCUUUAAUGCAUACGAGACCUUGGCUAUUUUUAUACCUUGACUAAAAAUUAUUAUUAAUGCGUUUUACGCUGUUAUAAUAAACAUAUAUACGUACAUAUUAGUUUAGCAGGUAUUUUAGUCUUUAUUUUGUAGAACCAGUCGUAUGAGAGACAAGGAAAGAUGUGAAGCAAUUGUUACUUUCGUAUUCGUCUUCCUCGUCUUUCAUACGAUAGGUCUUGCAAGACAAAAGCUAAACUAUCAGUCAAGCUAGUAUUUGUUCGACAUAUAUAAGUUAAUAAUUUGCUAUAAAGAAUAUCAAGACAGCGCAUUAAAAAUUAUAUGGUUCCAUUUAAGGGAACGCAUAUCACCUUCAUAUCAUCUUAUGCCCCUUUCUAUAAGAAAAUUAAUUACACCAGAUUACGGUCCUCUUGAAAUCAUCCAUUUUUUAUCUGAACCAUUUAUUAUAUAACUGUCAGUUUAAUAUAUAUAUACAUAUAUAUGCUUACAGUAGUGAAAAAUGCUCCCUUCUUCAUUUCGUAUUGUCGACGGCAUAUUAGUUUGUUUCAGAAACAAAUUUUCUAACGCCAUUUCACUCCGAAGUCAGAACGGAUACUUAUUGUAAGUAGGCUUCAUGAGGCCCAAAACAGGUCUCAUAAGACCCAGCUCGCUUCGCAUGUUAGACUAAGGAAAAUCCCAUUGGCUAAGACUCGCAAUCAUUGCAAUCGCGUUUUUUUUCGACACGAUUACUGAUUACUGUAUAAAGUUUCCAGUAGUUCUAGUAGACAGUUAAGCCCUCGAGAUUCUAUAUGCUUAACAUUGCGUUCUCCGAAUUCCACCGUCUUAUCCGUCAUACCAAUCAGCAUUUAUCCUGAAUUCAAGAUUUCACGCAAUCAGAUAUUACACAAUCUUUCUUUAUAAAAUAGAUUACAAUCUAUAUGUGUGUUUCAAUUGCCCUGAUCUCCAAAAAAGAAAAAAAUACGAUUUCAAGUGACUCGUCCUCUAUCUUAACUUCCUUUCAAUUUUUCAGAUCUCGAUUGGGGUUAGGUUGAGGUUAGGUUAUAGAAAUAGCUUCGUGGUUUCAGGUUAUGCAACUCGAUGUUUCGACGACUAAUUUUUGAUACACGAAUAUGUAGGAUAUUCUUGAAAUUCCUGAGAAAUUGUAUCGUUCUCGGGAAAAAAGGGUUGCUGGGCUGCGCAAGAUUUGCGUUUUCGUUGAAACGACACGGCCACAUGGAGAGCAGAUCUUUUUGAUGUCCUUUCUAGCAAGAUGAAAGGAAAGUCGAACGAAAACACUCUUUUUCCACGAACCAACGGUCGCUUGCACUCGAGUGCCAUUAUGAAAGUGCAUUUAACGAAAAAGGAGCAACAAUGGCGACUGUUACGAGGAUCCAUCUGUAGCAUAAUCUUUUUUUGCCGCGGCAUAAUUUGUCGCAUCUUCUUUAUGGGAAUUAUAAUUUCAAUUUAAAGGUGACGAUUUCUUUUCUUCCACCUUUUUGGUUCCUAUUUCCUGUUUUCUCAUCGGAAAAGUAGCACGUUUUUCAUCGAUAAAAUGAUCGAUCGUUGUUUGCAAAAAGCAAAAUAAAUCAAUCAGCUUUCUGUCCUAACUCAUCGCCUUCCUAUUUUGUCGUUUACCUUUCAGACAACGUAUAACCACUAGUAUAUAUGUUUUAUGAUAUAACUCAAUGUUUAUCGUAUUUAUCAUAUUUUUCAUGAAAAUGAAGUGAAAAAUCAAACGGAUAUAUAAAAGUGGAUAUAAAACUGGCAAUAAUGUUUAUUUACAGAUAUUGGUCGAUAUCAAGCGAACGAUAAGAUGUUCUUUAUUUGUAAAAAUAAAUAAAUAAAUUUGAUGCAGCGUUGCAAAAACUUAUUUCGUAGAAUGACGAAGAAUUGAUAUCUAAAAAUCGGGAAAUAUAGGAUCAUAUCUGAUAUCUAUUUUUGUCAGUCUAAUAUGUAAUAGUUAUUAGUUAGUUAUUAGUUUGAUUAUUAUUACUUUAUAAAGUUCGAUUCUCGAUGUUCCUGUUUCCUCAUUUCAGAUUCCUCGCUAUUAAAUAACUAAAUCAAACAAAUUUCUUUAUUCCUUUCUGUCCUCACUAUGAACGUGUUGUUUUGAUAUGCAUAAAAAAAUUUGUAGAAACUUGCCCGGAGGUUGUUGAAAGUGCAUCGUAAAUAUCAAAGAGUUUUCAUCAAAGAUCAAAGAAGUAUACGUCGUACUUACAGUGUUAAUUCGAGAAUUAAUAAAACAAACAAUAUCCAAUUCCUGUGAGAGAAAAUACGCGUUCUAUAAAUUUUAGAGGUUAUAGUUAAGCGAUAUCGGAAAUUCGAUUCAUGGGCGUGUACAACGAUGCAAGCUUUUCCACAUUAUUCUACUCGUAUCUAUUUAUUUGUAUACGAUUUUAUGAAUGUUGUGUCAAAGUUUUGAUCGUUAUCUCUCUUGUAGAGAUACAGAGAUUUAUACUAUUUGGAAUGAAUUAGAGAAUAGAGCUCUUAAACGAGCAUGUCCAACCCAGUGAUAAAUACGGUACAUAAUAAUUGUGUGAUAAACAUGAUAUGACUCACGCGUGAAACAUUUCAUUUCUCUCUUUUUCUUUGGUUCGUCGAGAGAUAAAGUGACUUGUUGAAUUUUCUAUAUCGUUAAAACACGUUAACGGAGAGAUAAUUCUCGGAUUCGUCAUCAAUUAUAUUUUCCUUUAAAACUUUGUCCGCCUAGUCAAAAGUAUACGAGGGAAUUUUUUAAUUUAAGAAGUUAAAUAACGAAAUGUCCCUUUUCAUAUAAAUAUUAUUUGUUAACCAGUUAACUGCGUUUGACGAGUAUAGACGUUUAGAGUAUAGUCGUUGCUUGUAUUUAUUUACGCACUCUACGACCUAACCUAGUGAGAGAAUUCUAAAACUAAAUUCUGCAGUUAACUGGCUAAUGUCUUAACGAACGAUACUUUCGCUUAUUUUUACUUUUGCUUUACUUUUUGUUAAUGAAUAUAUAGAAAUUUUUAAUUUAACAUCUGAUAUCUAUCUAUCUAAUAUCUGCAUAUGUACAAGAAUUCUGAAAGCUUUGCAAUUUUCUUCGAUUUUUAGUUUCUAAACUUUCAGUGUUUUAAAUUUAUUCAUGCAAAAAUACGUAUGCACAAAUUGUAGUAAUAUUUAUAAGACAUAUCAUAUUAUCGAUGACAAUAAAGGAAACCGUGUUGUCGUGGCGCUGUUUUAAAAGCAAUAAGGAAUUUCAUUCAACCAAAUUUAGUAGUUAAACGUUUGAAGAAAUAAAAUAAUCCGGUUUAUUACUUAACAACGAUUCAUAUCUGAAACAUAUGUCGAUUCAUUUCGAUUUACCGGAUAUAUAUCAACAUACAAAUCAUAUCAAGAGUGUUGUUUAGUGUCACUAUAUAAUUGAAUAUCUUAUUCUCGAUUGCAAUUCAUUGUUUUGACUAAUAAGUAGUCGUACAGGUGUUAUUAAGCAUCUGACGAACAUCUGAAUUGUCGCCUCUUAAUUAUGGAGAACCAGAAAUGCAAUUAUUUUGCAUUUUGUCUUGUUCUUGACUAUUAUCGAAGAUUAAUUUUCAUCUAAAAUUUAGUUGUUUAGCGAUCUUAGUCGUUAACGUCGUGUUGUAUAGAGCUGAAUAUUCGUAAAAAGAAUUAUUUUCAGAUAAAGAGAGCAUAAAAUGUCUUUAUUCGAAAUAGUAUCUCAACGUUCGUCAUUAUUGGUAUAAUGAAGGGUAUGAAAAUCAAAGUAAUCAUCAGGCAAAAAGUUAAUUGUCGAGAAAAGUGUGUUAAGGCAUUGACUACCACAUUGCUAGUUAUCGAUGACUCAUCUUUCUUUUUUACUAAAUCUUUUAGAAUGAUUAAAAUAAAAAAACAAAAAUUUUCGAUAAUGUUAAUGAUUUAGAUAACAUUGUCAGAGGAAAAGCGAGCAAAUAUAGUGUAAUGUUUUGCUAGAACGAAACGUUAUAAUAUGAUAUAUUUCAAUUUAUUUCGGCUUCCAGGACAAAAUACGUAUAUAAAAUUCGCGUGGCAGUCAACGCGUUAACGAAGAUGUAGACUCGAGGAAAGUUCGGCUAACGUGAACGACGUAAAAAUUGCUCUGAGCGUUUUGAAUGCGAAACAUGUUGACACAAGUCGACAUUUGGAACUUGCAUUGAAGGUUUCGUGGAUCAUUAAGUCUCUCGAAGGUUCUCGAAGGAAUCUUCGCGCAUAGAAACUGACGAUGCUCGUUCUGUCCAUGGAUAGAAUCGAAACACGCGUCCAAUAGAAGGAAACAAGCGUUCGAUUUACAUUGUGCCGGAUGAAUCAUCGAGGGAACACGCCAGACGACGAGAACAAUACAAAUGAAUGAAGUUGGCUCGUUCGGAUAGCACGCGAAUAUCUCGAAAACGCCCCAUCGCAUCUGGCCGUGCCGUUCUGGUGACUAAUUUUUGCUUGUUAUAAUCUGUGAUUCGACAGAAUUUAUUUGUAGGAUGCGGCGUUAAUAUCUUCUUUGACAUUUGAAGGGAAAGUCGAAAAAUUGAAAGAAAAAUAUCGCUAAAUAUCUUCAAAAAAUCAUCACAAGCCCAAUAUUAAUUACACGCACGUUAAAAUGUGAAAUCCAAGCACAAUAUAAAACAAAGGAAAUAACGAUUCGUUGAGGUAAUUAAAUCGAGUUAUUUCCACGCUCUAAAUGCGUCAUUUCGAAGUCAGUUGUAAACCAAACUGGAAUUUCCCCAUUAUUUUGUGUAUCCGGGUGAUGCCAACUGCUCUUGCAAAACCCCAUUUCUAUGGUAUUCGCGAAUCAACAACGCCGACAACGUUCCAAGCUCUCGAACGUUUUCGCAGCACCGUUUCACACGAUCGAUUUCAAGGUCUGUGGUUUAUUCUUCGAAAAGUGGAAGCAGCACUGGUCUCAAGGUUCUCCAAAUGCACCGCACUUGAAAACAUCCAAUACUGGUCCAAGAGGUCUAUCACGUGACGUUCCUAUCUUGUAUUAUGACGAAAGUACGACGAUGCACUUGGGACGCGAAGUUGAAAAAUAUAAAGUUCUUUAACACUAAAACUACCAACCUGUUAUAUUGUAUAAUAGAUAUAAUAAAUUAUAUCUCGUUA